AUGUAACCACAUAUAGGCUACUUAUGUGGUCAGUCAGUAUUGGGAUUUUAUACUUUUAAACCCAUUAAUCUCUACAUUUUCUCAUUUAUUUGUAAACAUGUAUUUGCUCAUCAGAUUUCCGAAACAAACUUGUUGCCUUUUCUAAAAUAACCAAUUUUUUUCAAGUCACACCUGUAGCUGGUGUGAAACUACAGAGGGGCUGUGGGUUUUCCCACAGGUCAUAAUAGUGACGUUUACAAAACAUAAUGAUUUACAUAAGACAGACAAAUCUGAGUAAUACAUUAAUAAUAGACUGGUCAAAGUUAUAUGUAUCAAACAUGAUAUAUGACUGACGUAUCACAUGCUUCAAUACAGCGCUUUGACAUACAGGAAUGAAACCACUCGUGUCACGUGACUACUCACACCACGUAAAUAAAGCGUUCUGUGUAAAACAGGCUGCAUCACCAGGUUAGACCCUUUAAAGUCAAACGUACGCUACAUUUCCGUCACAAAUAUAUGGAAUUAAAUGGGUUAAUUGUACCGUUAAUUCGCCCCCCUUCUCUCCAUGCCCCGCCCCCGUUUGACGUCACGCACGUCUGUCGCGCGAAUCCCUCUCCGUUCACGCGAGCGCGCGCCCUCCCCAACUCGCGCGACUACAGAGUCGCUGCCUCCAGCCUAUGAUUCAAAGUAGUGUAGACUUCUUGCCCGGCUCCAGCUGUCUCUAGUCUCUCCAGGAAUGAGAAGCGAUGGCCGGCUCUGCCAACGAGGAGAAAACAUUCAAGAGGUUCUUGGAGCUCUUCUUGCGGGAGAUGAGGCCACCUCUCCAGGAGGACGUUCCUCUACCGAUGCGCCCCUUGACGGACCUGAUCUCGGAGGACGAGGUGGAGGGGGAAUGUCUCGACCUGUGUCUCCAGCACCUGUGUAAAUAUAAUUGCCCUUUUUCCUUGGCUGCAGCCCUGGCCCGUGCUACAGCAGACAGUAUCCUGCAAAGCGAUCUCUCCAUGUACUAUCUCAACAAGAGUGUGGAGGAUGGCACAGACACGCUGCCUCAGAUCGAUUCGGUGAAGCUGGCCCGGCUGGUCUUUAAUAAGCUAUGCGAGACGUGCUGUCAUUGGCUAAAGGAGUUCCCGUAUCGCCGCCGCCACUUGCCGUACUACGAGACCUCCAUCCACGCUAUUAAAAACAUGCGUCGAAAGAUGGAAGACAAACACGUCGUCAUUCCUGACUUCAACACACUUUUCAAUCUACAGGAUCAGGAAGAGCAGGCUUUUUACGCUGUGUUUGAUGGUCAUGGCGGGGUGGAUGCUGCCAUCUACGCCGCCAAUCACCUGCAUGUAAACCUGGUCAGACAAGAAAUGUUCAGUCAAGACCCUGGAGAGGCUCUGUGUCACUGCUUCAAACUGACAGAUGAACGGUUCAUACAGAAGGCAUCACGUGAGAAGCUGCGCUGUGGCACCACAGGGGUCGUGACCUUUCUGAGGGGUCGCACACUGUACGUGGCCUGGCUGGGUGACUCACAGGUCAUGAUGGUGAAGAGAGGUCAACCAGUGGAGCUGAUGAAACCACACAAACCAGACAGAGAGGAUGAGAAAAAGAGGAUUGAAGCUCUGGGUGGGUGUGUAAUCUGGUUCGGCACAUGGAGGGUGAACGGCAGCCUGUCCGUGUCAAGAGCCAUCGGUGAUUCAGAACACAAGCCCUAUAUCUGUGGAGACGCUGACCACACCACCUUCAACCUGGACGGCAGCGAGGACUACUUGAUCCUGGCCUGCGACGGCUUCUACGACACAGUGAACCCAGAAGAAGCUGUGCGAGUUGUCAGCGACCACUUGCAGGAGAACAACGGGGACACCGCCAUGGUGGCCCACAAGCUAGUAGCCUCGGCCCGAGACGCGGGGUCCAGCGACAAUAUCACGGUCAUCGUGGUGUUCCUCAGGGACCCCCGUUUGCCCCCACCCUCAGAUGAACCGGAGGAGGAGCCAGUGGAGGACGCAGAAGAGGAGAAAGAGGAAGUGGAGUCCUUGCAGAGUGAGCUGGUGUGUCAAGAUGGAGGGGCAGAGAAUGGAGGAAAGAACCGCGGCGGCUGGCCACUACAGCAGUGCUCGGCACCGGCCGACCUGGCCUAUGAAGACCGCAUGGAUUCGUUUACGGACAGAACAAGUCUGAGCAUCAUGGGGCCGGACCUGCGUGCAGAGACUGGCUGCUUCAGGCUCCCAGCUUCAUCCAGCCUCCCCCCGAUGAGAACCGUCAUGCCAGACCUCAUAUCCCCCUACGGGGGGGGCGGCGCGGCCUGGCGCCCCUACUCAGAGGACGGCCCCUCUGGGUACAGGCAAAAGCCGCAGCCUAAACCCAGAGUGCCCUCCUACACGCAGACCACCUCAGAUGGACAAUUGUUGGAGGUGGCUGCGCUCUUCCCUCAGGAGGGCCGGAGGAAGAGGCGGCUGGAAGUCAUGCCGCUGAGGAGGGAAUCACAGCGCCUGAUCCGGAGGGCUAGAGAAAGUCACGGCCCUCUGAGCUGCUUCCCUAGCGUGCCCUAUCCUCUCCGCUCUCCAGAGAGGAAGCCUGGGAUAGCCUUUCCCCAUGUAACCCACAGCAAAAGGGUCUAAUCGACAACUUCCUUGCCCCAUCAUGCCGCCCUCCGUCCCUGAAGCUAAAACACGCUCAUUUCACACAACACAUGACGUGAGCAUACACACACAUACAUGCAUACUCUGUUCCAAAACCUAGUGAGUAGCCUUCAUAGGCAGCAUUUUGAGGGACCUUUUAGUCACCUUGUAUUGGACAAAUUUUAAGGCAGCAUCACAUGUAUCCUUUGUGCAGAACACAAACCCAGAAUGAAGAGAGUGAAAAUCUUGAUCAAAACAGUUUACUAUAAUUUAAACCUGUUUUACCCAAUAUUUGUGUGUUUUAUAUAUAGUUAUGCUUAUCAGCAUGGAAGCUUAUUUUUUCUCACAAUUCAGGCAUUUUUCUUACGUUAUAAACCUUUGCACUUUUUUCUCCAAAUUCUGAUUUUACCUCUCACAGUUCAGAAUUUUUUGUCUCGGUAUUUGCAUCUCAUAAUUGUAUUAUUUUUCCCCUGAAUUUUUACACGCGUUAACCUGACUGCAUACACAUGCAGAGUUCUGUCAGAACUGUGAGAUGUAAACUCAAAAUUCUGAGGAAAUAAGACAGAAUUAACGAAUGCAAACUCGGAAUUCUGAGAUUAAAAAAUUCAGAAGUGCAAGAUUUAAACAGAAUUCUGAGGCCCUGUUUACCCUAGUGCGUUUUCAUUUUAAAACAAUCCUCAUCUACACUGGGGUUUUCACUGCUUUUCAGAAACGAUCUCUGUCCACACUACACAACCCAAAAUGCACGUCACAUGACCAUUCAUGCAGGAACAACAAUGAGCAUGAUGUUAUUGUUUACAUGGUCGCCAAGGAUACGCAGAGUGAAUGUGGGCAGCCACGUUAUCAUUUUCAAAAGUCUCUCCAUUGUGGUCCAUUUAACCAUAGCAAAAGUUAUACGUUUUAAAACACACUAGUGUAAGCGAAAACAUUGCGAGAAUUCAGAACAAAAAAAGAAAUGUAAAUUCAGAAUUCUGAGAAAAAAAUCACAAUUAAAAUACGCAUUUUUAUAUUUUUUUUUUCCAUGAUAAAAAUAAUAUCAACAUGCUAACAACAACCCCUAAUAAAAUUCCUUGUGUUAAUUGUUAUUUGUGUUGCUGCCUGUGUAGAGGAUUCAAAUGAGUCCAUUGUGAGGUUCCACAGAUGGAUGUCUGUGUAGGGAGAAGGCAGCGAGGCAACUCACUGUGUUCUGGAACAGAAACACAAUCAAACAUAUGAGAUCCUACAUUGCUUUAACGCUUUCACUCUCAUCUUAUAUGAGCCAGCCUAUCAGAAUCCUUCACCACUCUCAGCCAGCUUCCUCCUCAUCCUCAUAACCCUCUCUCUGGUCCAGAAUUAUUUGUGUUUGUGUGUGUGUGUGUGUCUUAGGAGAAAAAGAGUGUUAACACUAUGUUAACUCUAUCUUCUGUUCACACACACACACACACACACACACACACAGAAGUGAAGUUUCAGACAAACUCAGUGUAGAAUCAAGCAGUCAACAGUCUUAUAUCUGACAUUUGAUGGCAGAGGCAUGAUACAGCUUUUGGUUAUUGAAGCCAUUUUAAUGUUCAAACACUACAGUCUUCAGAGGAGCUGACAUUAUAGACCUCUAAAAUUAUUUUUUUCCUUUUUAUCUGAAGCAUAUACUAAUUGUAUGAACUGGUUACUCGAGGAUAUAAUGAUGUCUAUAAAUUACAGUUUAGGAUUUGUCUAUAAAUUGCAGCUCAGGCAUAAUUAUGAGUGGCAUCAUAUUCAUGUGUCUUAGUUUUUAACACACAUGCUGUUUAUGACCCCAUGUUUUACCUUGUUCAUUUUGUUAGAUGUGUCCAUUUAUCUAAAAACCAUGGAUGGUGCUUUUCACAAAUAGGAUACAAUUUAAGUGUUGUUGUUUUUUACUUUCCCAUUUAUUUUAUUUUAAUAAUAGUAUGUCUUUAAUUUUAAUAUUUAGUUUAUUGCUAGGAAAUAACAAAAUUAUAAAACUUGAUAAGUGGGUUGCAAAAAUUGCAAACCUCAUAUAAAAUCAAUGUAAAAUAAACCAACUCAUAAAAUAUUUAAUUUGACCUCGGUAGGGUGAUGGUCAUCAUUUUCUGAAGUUAAUUUUCUGAUCAUUUGUUGUGAUUUUUAAGAGGCUAUGUUUUGUAUUCUAUUUGUGGAAAGUACUGGGCUGGUUUUGGGCAGCUGCCACGUCGACGCAUUUGCACAUUCACCAAAUUUCCAGCCACCCUUUGAUGACGCUAACUACAAAUAACAUAACCCACUGACAGACCACACCUGUUGCUUUUCCAAUCAUUGCCUUGGAGAGAAACAUAUCAGAUCAAAUUUAGAUGCAGUAUAUAUUCUAUACACUUUCAGUUUCAAAACCAAAGAUGAAAAUGACUGAGAAUUCAUCAGGAGACACUACCUAAACCGUGCUUCAUCUACAAGAGCUUGUUGUUAAACCCUGUAGAGCAGGGGUACCCAACUCUGCUCCUGAUGAUCGACUGUCCUGCAAAGUUUAGCUCCAACCCUAAACAAACACACCUGCCUUUUAUUUUUAAGUGAGCCUGAAGACCUUAAUUAGUUGCUUCAGGUGUGUUUGAUUAGGAUUGGAGCUGAACUUUGCAGGACAGUCGAUCUCCAGGAGCAGGGUUCGGCAACCCUGCUGUAGAGAAAGAUUAGUCCAAGAUAUUCACUUCCUGUUCAAAACAAAUACGUUUGGCCAAAUAUCUCUUAUCAGUUAUCUUUAUAUUGGCAAACUGGAUUAAGAUUUGAUUAAUUGUCAGAUUUAAGUUUGUAUGGGAUGUGUAAAUGUAGCCAGAGAGGUUUGCUUGACAACAGAAUAAGGCUGAUAGGAGAUGCUCAUAGUUUGAAGUGCCCCUCAGGUGUUGAGGACAUGGAUAGUUGAGUUCUAGCAGCACAAUGUGUGCCUUUAUUAUCUUCAACAUGGGUCUGUUUUUGACAGGCUUGAAAGUGCAUGUAGAGUAAAUCUGAUCGCUCUACCACUUUUUAUUUCUGUACACUACCAGUUUCUUUAUUUUGAAAUGGAUACAACACUUAAAAUUAGGAGAGAAUUUGUUGCAAUUAUAUAUACUGUACUUUAAAAUUUCAAUUUAAGAAGAGUACAGCGAGGGAAUCACUUUUAUGUAUUUUAAGUAUUAUCUCUCUCAGUCACUGAUAUCAGGGCAUCAUGUAUAGAAGUUAAUUGCUUUGGAAGUUCUGUGCCUGAAAGGGACAACAAGCUUCAAGCAAUAUUUUGGGUUAGGGGAUUGUUCACCCAAAAAUGACAAUUCUGUUAUCUUUUACACACCCUUAAAUAGAUAUUUUGAAGAAUGUUGGUAACGGUUACCAUUGACUGUCAUUGUAUUGACAAAACAAACAAAGACAUUUUAAAAAUGUAUUUCUUUUAUCAUACAAAGAAAAAAAAAAACAUUAUUUUGGAAUUACUUGAGGGUGUGUAAACAUAUGAGAAUGUUAAUUUUCAUUUUUGUGUGAUCUAUCCAUUUAAGAUUACCAUAAAAAAUAAUGUUGCCUCAUUUUUAAAAAUGAAUCAAAUAUAUCCCCUCUAAGCAACUGUCACAAUGUUUCAAAAGUAUAAAUUUAAUAGGCUACAUUAUCUUAGACUGAGACUAGUGUGAUCAAAUCCCUUACCAACUUGUCUGUGCCAUUAUAUUCAAUCUUUAAGCUGAUUCAAAGAACUUUGCAACUCAAAAAACAAACAUUUGGACUGAAGAAUUGCUUUAACAACAAAAUUCCAGUUUCCAGCCAUUCCACCUGUAAACAGCCAUAUUUUGAAACUAUUUAAAAUGAUUUGCAGUUGUAACCGUCACUAUUUAUCUGAUUAUUCAUUCUUUAAUCAUCGUACAGUACAUAUGCGCAUUUUCAUAUUUGACACGUAUGAUGAUGUCACAGCUUUGAUGACAUUGGAUGCUUCUGUUCAAGAUACAUGUGUUGGUCUUGUGCUUGACACAAACCACGUGUGUUUCUGAUUAGCAGUGCUGCAACCCUUAACUACUUCCCUCUUACAUCUAUAACUAGCGGAAAGACUUGUGCCAUCCCUACUGUGCCAUUGCAUUGAUCAGUUUCCAUUUAUUUACUUUUUUGUUGGCGGACGGAUGGAUAACGGGUGGGGGCGGAGCAUAAAUGUCCAUUAUUUGUGUGUUGUCAUUCAAGCUCCCUUCAUCCGCCUCCAACCAUGAAAUUCACCCACAUAAAGCCUGAGCUUAACGCCAUCAAGGCUCUCCUGCCAGAAAAAGGGGCUUGAAUGGGAAGUUGAUCUGUUAUGGUGCAUUUUAACUGGUCCUGAAUGUACAUUCAGAUGUCGAAUGUACUGUAAGAGGAACCCUUCAAACAGAGACAUGGAGCAGGAUCAGUGAAACUUACCCGCAUUAAAAGAUGCCCAGACUGUCCCGAAUGUAUGUAGGCCUACGCAAUCUACCGUCCAUUAUGAGAUUCGCCACCGGAUUUUCUACCCUUUGUGGAAGUUUCUAAGCACGUCACCGGCUGCCCUGCCAGAUAUAUCAUGCCUUGUAAAUCCUAGAUCUGCACUAGAAGCUGAAAAUGUUCCCUCACGGCUUUCGAGACGGGAUUGAUGACCAGAGAUUGAUGAGUGCAGCUCACAGGACACGGACCUCAUGAUGAAGCUGCGCUCGAGAUGAUAUAUACAGAGAGAUAGAUUCAGAGAUAACCUUUCCCUUUCGCCCUCACCAUCAUGUACAAUCUCCCUCCAGAUCAUUCCUCUAGCACCUCGUACGGGGCACAGAUUAUAUAUCGGAAGUGUAGUAACUUACAUAUAUUGUAUACAUGUAUGUGUGUUUUGAGCGUGUGCGUGAGUGCGCGUAACAUUUGGGAUGUGUAUGUGACGUCUGUCUUCUAAAUGUGCUAUUUUAAUCACCACUGAUAACUCAGAUGGAUACAGAAGUCUGUAAUGCUUUUCAGUAACCCUUGGCCCCGCCCCCUUCUCACUGAAGUAUGUACUUGAAAACUACUUGGAUGCGCGCGAAAUCUAACAGAUACAGCACUGGGCGUCUGUAAUACAGUCACAGGCCCUCGCUUAUUCACCGAGUGGUAAUGAGUCAAAGGACCAAAGUUUUCGGACAGUUCGUUUCAGUGAAGAACAUCUCACUUCAUCUUCACAUACUCUUGAGCCUUGGCCCCCUGUGGACUGACUGUUAGACUCAGCGAUUCCCCUGUUAGCGAUAGUUUCUGCGUCGAGGCCGCGCUCUCGAUCUUUCAUGACGGUUAGCCCUCCUCACUUGCUGUCACUGCUUUUGUCCAUGUACUGUUCAGUACUGCUCUUUUUCUGCUAGCAAUAAUGAACCUACGCAAGCCAUGAGUGAAGAGAGCUCUUCAAAGGGUUCGUCUUCUCUAAAGCAAAGCUGAGGAAGGGUUUCCAGACAACUUAGAGGGGAAAAAACAAACGUAUCUUUAAAAAGAAACCUAUGUUACUGAUGGUCAUCACUGUAUUCUAUUAAACCUGUGUUGAUGAGAAACCA